GCUCUCUUCUUCUCUCUGUACAUCGCAGUAUAGAUACGAUUAUACAUACAUCUGACGUAUUCUUUACUCAAUAGCUUGACUCAGAAGGAGUAUUCAUUGCAAUUGGAGAGGUGCUUUUGUUAGGCAUUCGAGAAGUCUGAGUAUUUGUGCUGAGUAGAUCUUUGGUUGGCAUGUUAUAUUCUUUACUAAUAGAAUAUCCAACUAAAAUUACCAGUAUACAUAUAUAGACAAUUUUGUUUGCUUGUUUGCAACUAUUUGUGAAAUGGGCUCAAAAGGAAGACUAAUAGUUGAUCUUAAUGAACCGACUACUGAAAAUGAAGAUGAUAUUGAUAGUGUUGUCUGCUUCCAGACUCAGGAGGCCAUUCCACCCUCAAAUAUUGAAAGGAAAGAUUUAUUUGUGGCACCAGCAGGUCCUAUUGGUGAUCAGGAUUCUGAGAAAGAAGAGGGUGAAUGGUCUGAUGCAGAGGGCUCAGCUAAUGCUUCAAUUGGUUUACAUACACAAGAGAGAGGCCAAGUUGCAUUGAUGCAAAAUAGUGCAUGCCCAAAGGGGGUAGUGAGUAUUGCAUUAGAUACUGAAACAACUGAUAAGAAAAUCAAUAAAGCUAAAGAUGGUGAAGAACAUUCUGCUUCAGAGCCUAAACCAAGAAUAUCCAGAGGAAAUGAAGCAACUCGUUCAUUGAGGCCUGUAAAUAAUCUUGGGAAACGCCCGAAGCCUGACCAGCGGAAGGAAGUAAUGUUGGGAAAGAAGCGUGGCAGGCAGACCAUGUAUCUCGAGCUAGAAGAUGUGAAGCAAGUCGGUGCUUCGAAGGCUUCAACUCCUACUAAGCAGAUACCUGCACCACGAGCACUAUUGAGAAGAGUAAGGGAAACCAAUUCUGUGCUACCAUCUGCUGAUAGUGGGGAAAAGCAAGCACAAUCUGUAAUUGGGGAUCCAGAAAAGGAUGAUCUAUUGACUCAUAAAGGCAAUGAUUUUGCAGAGUCAAAUGAUUGUAAAAUCGAGAGUGAUGAAAACAGUAAUUCUGCGAUUCCUGGACCUCCGGGAACAUUAAAUGGCUCGAUAGAUCUUCCUUUGCAAGUCCAAACACCACUUGUUUCUAGUCAAAGUUCUUCGAAGCAUCUGCCUAAUAUAAAGCAACUUAGUCAGUGUUCUGGUAGGAAACCAGCAGUCCGUGGUUAUGCUCAUCCUAAAUUAGCUGUAAAAGGACAUCUUUCCAAGAAGCAAAGUUUUGUUAACAUUCAAGAUUCAUCAGUGGAACGCCUAUUGCGAGAGGUGACUAGUGAGAAAUUUUGGAAUCACCCAGAUGAACAAAAGCUUGAGCGUGUUCCAGGUCGCUUUGAUUCAGUAGAAGAGUAUAUUAGGGUGUUUGAGCCUUUGCUCUUUGAAGAAUGCAGAGCACAGCUUUACAAUAACUGGGAGGAGUCUUCAGAAAUGGCUUCAAGCCAUGUUAGGGUGGUCAUAAAAAGCAUUGAACGACGUGAAAGGGGAUGGUUUGAUGUGGUAUUAAUGCCACCAUAUGAAUACAAAUGGACAUUUAAGGAAGGGGAUGUAGCAGUUCUUUCAAUGUGUAUGCCUGGAGCAGCUAAUGCUAGGAGGAAUGGUCCCUCACCUCUUGAAGAUAAGGAGAAGCCAGAAGUUAAUGGGCGUGUUGCAGGUACAAUGAGGAGAUACAUGCCUAUUGGUAACCAAGGACAUACAGGAGUCACCCUUCACUUUUUUGUUGGCGAUAACUACAACUCCAGCAGCAAGAAUGAUGAUGAUCAUAUUUUGCGGAAGCUCAGCCCUGGUGAUCUCUGGUAUCUGACUCCUCUUGGUUCUUUGGCGACAACACAGCGAGAAUACAUUGCCCUGCAUGCGUUCCGGCAUCUUCACGCUCAGAUGCAAAAUGCGAUUAUUCAACCUAGUCCUGACCAGUUCCCAAAAUAUGAAGAGCAACCACCUGCAAUGCCUGAUUGCUUUACACCAAGCUUUGUUGAACAUCUACGCAGGACGUUUAAUGGACCCCAGCUAGCUGCAAUUCAAUGGGCUGCAAUGCAUACUGCUGCUGGUAUGUCAAGUGGUGUGGCAAAGAAGCAAGACCCGUGGCCUUUUACUUUAGUUCAGGGCCCUCCUGGUACUGGUAAAACACAUACUGUGUGGGGGAUGCUUAAUGUGAUCCAUCUCGUCCAAUAUCAGCGUUACUAUGCUGCAUUGCUAAAGAAAUUGGCACCUGAAAGUUAUAAGCAGGUUGAUGAGAGCAACUCAAACAGUACGGUGGCUGUGGUCUCUGGUUCAAUUGAUGAAGUUCUGCAGAGCAUGAGUCAGAAUCUCUUUCGAACUCUUCCAAAACUCUGCCCAAAGCCUAGGAUGCUUGUCUGUGCUCCCUCAAAUGCUGCAACCGAUGAACUUCUUGCACGUGUCCUUGACCGAGGAUUUAUUGACGGGGAGAUGAAAAUUUAUCGAGCUGACGUUGCUCGAGUUGGUGUGGAUUCUCAGAAUCGGGCAGCUCAGGCAGUUUCUGUUGAAGGAAGAACUGAGCAACUUUUGAAAAAGAGUCGUGAGGAAGUGUAUGGCUGGAUGCAUAGUUUGAGGCUUCGUGAGACUCAGUUAUCCCAGCAAAUUGCAUAUCUGCAAAGAGAACUUAAUGUUGUUGCUGCCACUGGUCAUGCACAAGGAUCUGUUGGUGUUGACCCUGACGUUCUUAUGGCCAGAGACCAAAACCGAGAUAGGUUACUUCAAAACCUCGCUGCAAUAGUUGAAAAUAGGGACAAAGUACUAGUUGAGAUGUCCCGAUUGCACAUUUUAGAAGGGAGGUUUCGAGCUGGUGGGAACUUUAAUUUCGAGGAAGCCCGUGCGGAUCUGGAAGCAAGCUUUGCUAAUGAAGCUGAAAUUGUUUUUACUACAGUUUCAAGCAGUGGGCGCAAGCUGUUCUCUCGUCUAACUCAUGGCUUUGACAUGGUUGUGAUCGAUGAAGCAGCUCAAGCCAGUGAAGUAGGAAUACUGCCACCACUUUCCCUCGGUGCAGCUCGCUGUGUUCUUGUCGGUGACCCUCAGCAGCUCCCUGCUACUGUCAUCAGUAAGGCAGCUGGAACCUUGUUAUAUAGUAGAAGCCUUUUUGAGAGGUUCCAGCAAGCAGGUUGCCCGACAAUGCUGUUAUCUGUGCAGUAUCGAAUGCACCCAUAUAUUCGGGAUUUUCCUUCAAGGCACUUUUACCAAGGGCGCCUGACAGAUAGUGAUAGUGUUGCUUCUCUUCCAGAUGAGGCAUAUUACAAAGAUCCGCUGCUGAGGCCUUAUAUAUUUUUUGAUAUUGCUGUUGGUCGAGAAUCUCAUCGAGGGGGUUCUGUCUCCUAUCAGAACACACUAGAAGCACAGUUUUGUGUUCGUCUAUAUCAGCACAUUCAGAAAACUAUCAGAUCGUUAGGUGUCAGGAGGGUGUCGGUUGGCAUAAUCACUCCAUACAAACUGCAACUGAAAUGUCUUCAACGGGAGUUCAAGGAUGUUUUAAAUUCAGAAGAAGGACGAGAUGUCUAUAUUAAUACUGUGGAUGCUUUCCAAGGGCAAGAGCGUGAUGUCAUUAUAAUGUCUUGCGUUCGGGCUUCAAGUCAUGGUGUUGGUUUUGUUGCAGAUAUUCGCCGCAUGAAUGUUGCUCUUACUCGUGCAAGAAGAGCCUUGUGGGUGAUGGGAAACGCAAAAGCGCUGGUGCAGUCUGAUGAUUGGGCUGCACUAAUUAAUGAUGCCAAAGCUCGAAACUGUUACUUAGACAUGAAUUCUCUGCCUAAAGAAUUUGUUUCCGAGCCUUCUACUUAUGGUGCGUUUUCAUCCACGAUCUCUAAUGCAAGGGGUUUGGGAUCCGGGCCGAGUUAUAGACCACAGGAGUCAUAUUCGAAUUUCGGACCUUCAGAAGUGGAUGCGAAGUCAACUUUACCUUAUAUUUCUCGACUUGGAAGUCAUCGGUUCAUGAGGCCAGGAACAUAAAUUCUUACAUGAGUUCGAUGAUAGCUGGAAAAUGAAUGCUUCCGAAGGCGGCUGGUGUUUUGAGAAAGCAAAAGCUUGAAUGCGGCAGCUGUUGCAAAGAUGCAAAUACCAAUUCUCCACUGUCCUCGGAUUAUUGCUACUGGAAUCCUUCUCUUCCUGAGAUGUUUUUAUAAUCGAAAGGGAAGAAGUUUGAGUGCGUAGUCCUGUCUCGUGUUCCAGCUUCAAAGAUGUUCAGAGUGGAGGGGUCCAAAUGGCCGGGCGACUGCAUUUUCACUGAAGGAUUCCGAGCUCAGGUCGUGCCUCGACGCCUCAAUAUGUGUCUCGUCUGAAGUGUGAUUGCUGAGAGGCCGGAGCGUUCAUCUGCUAAGUAUGCCCGAGCUGCUAUACUUCCUCGCCUGAAAAUGAUCUCGGAGAUGGAGGGUAAUGGUGAUAAUGUUAUCGAAGAUGGCUCACAUCUGAGCUGUUGGAUUUGCUUCAAGGCUGCACGGUGGUGAAACCAUGCCGGCAUUUGACCUGAGGCAACCCCCGACUUUCAAGAUCAGGGCUUGCCCACAAGGAACCAGAGGCGAACCGGUCGCCUCAUGUCCCUAUGAAAAAUGAGGCCCCAAAUAUGCAUGCGAUUUUUCUGUUAAUGAUUAUAUGGUUUGUAAAACUAGUUAAAUAUUAUGCAGUUCACUUUGAAAUAAUUUAUGUAUUUAAACCUUUUGGUUUGUAUAAUAUUUUCCCAGCAUUUUUCUUUCUAUCCAA